AUGGCUACCACUUCUGACUCGGUCCCGGCCUCUUGCAAGGUCAUGCUCUCCAAGCAUGUUGCCAAUCGCCUGCUUGCGGAGGUCCAGGAGGGCGUCCAUACCCUGGAGAAGCCGCCUCACUUGGUGGGAUUCCUUGCCAACAACGACCCCGCGGCGUUGAUGUAUGCCCAGAUGACGGAGAAGACGUGUCAGGAAAAUGGCUUCCGCUACUCCCUCCGUGAAGUUGCCCGCGAUGAUCUCGAGCAAGCUAUCCUCGCUGCCAACGCCGACUCCGAUGUCAACGGCAUCAUCGUAUACUACCCCAUCUUCAACAACCGCCAGGACCAGUACCUGCAGCAGAUCGUCGACAUAAAUAAGGAUGUAGAGGGUCUGAGCCACCGUUACAUUUUCAACAUGUACCAGAACAUUCGUUUCCUUGACCCCGAGACCAAGAGACAGAAGUGCAUCCUCCCCUGCACCCCCCUCGCUGUCAUUAAGAUCCUCGAAUACCUCAACAUCUACAACACGAUAUUGCCGUACGGUAACCGCCUCUUCGGACACACUAUCUGUGUUGUGAACCGCUCUGAGGUGGUUGGUCGCCCUCUCGCUGCUCUGCUGGCCAACGACGGUGCCUGCGUCUACAGUGUCGACAUCACCGGCGUUCAGAAGUUCACCCGUGGUGAGGGUCUGAAGAAGGGCAGACACGAGGUUGUCGACCUGGAGGGUAAGACCCUGAAGGAUGUGGCACCUCUGUGUGAUGUUGUUAUUUCUGGUGUUCCUGGAGAGAAGUACAAGUUCGAUACCAGCCUUCUGAGAGAGGGUGCUGUGUGUGUCAACUUCUCCAGCGAGAAGAACUUUGGACCUGAGGUCAAGGAGAAGGCCUCCAUCUUCGUUCCUUCCAUCGGAAAGGUCACCAUUGUCGUCCUGAUGCGCAACUUGCUGAGACUCAUCCAGAACAGCCGUGUGGAUGACGUGAAGCCCGCUGAAGCUACCGAGCGUCCGGGAACCCUGGAAGCCGCUAACUAA